CUGAAAUCUUUGUUGGUCUUUGGAAGCUUCUCCGGUUAUCACUUUGUUAUUCAGAAAUGGCAGUCACAUUCCACAACCUUAGUUCUGAUUCUGGCCUCCAGAAGCUUGAUGAGUACCUUUUGAGUCGUAGUUAUGUCACUGGGUAUCAAGCAUCCAAAGAUGACAUUGUGGUGUUUUCAUCCUUGUCCAAGCCCCCAUCUCCACAACUAGUAAAUAUUUCUCGGUGGUACAACCACAUUGACGCGCUCUUGCGAAUUUCUGGUGUAACUGGAGAAGGUUGUGGUGUUAUUAUCGAAGGUUCUGCACCUGUCACUGAGUGUGUGGCAACACCACCUGCAUCUGACCCGAAGGCUGCAUCUGCUGAGGAUGAUGAUGAUGAUGAUGAUGUUGACUUGUUUGGAGAGGAGACUGAAGAGGAAAAGAAGGCUGCUGAAGAACGUUCUGCAGCUGUUAAGGCCUCUAUUAAAAAGAAAGAAUCUGGAAAAUCCUCAAUUCUUUUGGAUGUUAAGCCAUGGGAUGAUGAGACUGACAUGAAAAAGCUUGAAGAAGCUGUUAAAAGUGUUUCAAUGGAAGGAUUAUCUUGGGGUGCAUGCAAACUUGUUCCAGUUGGGUAUGGAAUUAAGAAACUACAAAUCAUGCUCACAGUCGUGGAUGACCUUGUUUCUGUUGAUGAUCUUGUGGAGAAUCAUCUCACUGUUGAACCUAUCAAUGAAUAUGUUCAGAGCUGCGAUAUCGUGGCUUUCAACAAAAUAUGAUUUUUUUUGCAUUUGGGUGCUGGGGGAAUGCGCUAUACUUAUGCUGCCUGCCAAGUACUGCUUCAAUCUUAUGUGGUUUUGUUAGACGCGGUGUUUUUUUGUUGGGACUCAUUGUGGUCUUUUGACUUCUGGUUACUGUUACAUAAUUGAUGUGGAACUUUAGCAUAAUUUAUUGGUAAUAUGCCUGCUGUUUUAUUUUCCUGAAGAUUUUAGUGUUCAAUGAGCUGCUGCUGCCCUUGUUAGUGCCCAUCUUCUAUUGGAUUGAUUGUGCUCAAGUGAACUGAUUAAGCUUGUUAAAAUUUAAUCUAUCUAGUCUGGUUUUUUACUUCACUGGAACCCAAAAUGUUCCAAUGAUGAUUAUAA